AUGGUUGCCAUGUUAACACGGCUUAUGCCGAAUAUAACCGGCCCAAGAAGUUCUAAACAAAGAAUUCUUAUGAGCGUAGCAAACUCUAUUUUUUUUUACGGAGCAGAGGUGUGGGCUGAUGCUCUCAAAGUGAAAUGCCGACGCAAUCGUCUUCUGAAGGUGCAAUAUAAGGGUGCACUCAGAGUUGCUUGCGCUUACAGAUUGGUCUCCGUUCCAGCUGUACUUGUUAUAGCGGGGUGCAUUCAAGUUGACCUUCAAGCAGCUGAGAGGAAGAGAAUCUACGAGGCAAAAAUAGAAGGAGCUGAUAGGAACAUCUAUUCCAUGGAAAGAAGUACGACUCCUCAGAAAUGGCAACAGAAAUGGAGAGAAGAAACGAGAGGCAGAUGGACUGCAAGGUUAAUAGGAGAAGUGCAACCGUAG